UUGACUUCAAACAAGAGAAGAAGAACGCUUUCCCUGUCAGCGACGCAUCGUAAGUCGGCGUGUACGUGAUUUCACCUGGAUUCUACAAUGGAGGUUUGUGUCCACAAGCGACGUCUCGGAGCUUUCUGGGCCGCCGUGGUGCUGCUCUGCUCUGUCGCUUGGGCGGAAGAUGGCGCCCCGGGGAUGAACUCCCAGUGUCACAACUACGCGGGAGGACACGUCUAUCCCGGAGAAGCCUUCCGUGUUCCAGUGUCUGAUCAUUCGCUGCACCUCAGCAAAGCCAAAAUCUCUAAACCCGCGCCUAACUGGGAAGGGACGGCCGUCAUCAACGGAGAAUUUAAGGAAGUGAAGCUGUCAGAUUACAAAGGCAAAUACCUGGUCUUCUUCUUCUAUCCCCUGGACUUCACUUUUGUGUGUCCUACCGAGAUCAUUGCCUUCAGCGAUCGUGUGCAUGAGUUUCAAGCCAUCAACACUGAGGUGGUCGCCUGUUCGGUGGACUCACAGUUCACCCACCUGGCAUGGAUCAACACUCCCAGGAAACAGGGCGGCCUUGGACCAAUGAAAAUCCCCCUGUUGUCCGAUCUGACUCACCAGAUUUCUAAAGACUAUGGGGUCUAUCUGGAGGACCAAGGACACACACUGAGGGGGCUCUUCAUUAUAGAUGGUAAAGGCGUCCUGAGACAGAUCACCAUGAACGACCUCCCUGUAGGACGAUCCGUGGACGAGACUCUUCGUCUGGUUCAGGCUUUCCAGUAUACUGAUAAACACGGAGAAGUUUGUCCUGCUGGAUGGAAGCCAGGCAGUGACACUAUCAUUCCUGACCCCUCGGGCAAACUGAAGUAUUUCGAUAAACUGAACUGAUUCACCUGCCUGGCUGCGAAGCCACAAUAACAAAAGUGAAAAUUGAAAUAAAGUUUUUUUUUUCAUAAACUGUGUGACA